ACUGUCCGCGGCGUUUUAGUCGAGUUAGUUUUCGGACUUAAUUCACACUUUUUAGCUAGUUAAAGUGACUAAAACGGGGUGGGCUUGCGUUUCGAGGGUGUCGAUCUUCGUGCCACCGGUCGAGAAUGUUUUGAGCGGUUGGUUUUUGUUGGGUAAAAACUGCUCUGAAAGAUGAAAAUUUUACAACCCGACUGGGUCACUCACGAUGAUAAGUCGAUAUUCUCGAUCGACAUCCACCCGAAUGGGGACAAGUUUGCCACGGGUGGCCAGGGAAACGAUUCCGGCCGGGUCGUGAUUUGGAACUUGAAGCCGGUCAUCAACGAGGAGGCGGAAAAGGAUAAGAAUGUUCCGCGGAUCCUGUGCCAGAUGGACAACCACCUGGCGUGUGUCAACUGCGUCCGGUGGAGCGGGAACGGUCAGAUGUUGGCGUCGUGUGCGGACGAUCGGUUGAUAAUGAUUUGGAAGAAGAGCGCGGGGGGAGGGAUGGGGUCGUUUGGAUCGACGGUGAAGUUUGCGGAGCAUUGGAGGUGCGCGGCCACGUUGCGGGGUCAUGCCGGGGAUGUGCUGGAUUUGGCCUGGUCGCCGGCGGAUGUGUUCAUCGCGAGCUGCAGCGUGGACAAUACGGUGAUCAUUUGGGACGCGAAAGAAUUUCCGCAGAUUCUGCAGGUUAUGAAGGGGCACACGGGACUGGUGAAGGGGGUGACGUGGGAUCCGGUGGGGAAGUUUAUUGCGUCGCAGAGCGACGAUAAGACGUUGAAGAUUUGGAAGACGCACGAUUUUUCGCUGUACAAGACGAUUACGGAACCGUUUGAGGAGUGCGGCGGAACGACGCAUAUCUUGCGGUUGUCGUGGUCUCCGGACGGGCAGUAUCUGGUGUCGGCCCAUGCCAUGAACGGGGGAGGUCCGACGGCGCAGAUUAUUGAGCGAGAUGGGUGGAAGUGUGACAAGGAUUUCGUCGGUCACCGGAAGGCGGUCACUUGCGUUCGGUUUCAUAACUCGAUUAUGAAGAGGACGGCGCCGAAGACGAACAAGUCCCAACAGUAUUGUUGUUUGGCGGUCGGAGCGCGAGACAAGAGUUUGUCGGUUUGGUUGACUGCGCUGCAGCGGCCACUGGUCGUGAUUCACGACCUGUUUCAGGAUUCGAUCUUGGAUCUGAGCUGGAGUCAUAACGGGUACAUUUUGCUGGCUUGCAGCGGCGAUGGCAAGGUGUCGUGUCUUCAGUUUAGCGCGGAAGAGUUGGGGACGCCACUUUCGGAAGAUGAGAAGAACAGUCUGUACCAGCGGAUGUACGGAAAAGAUCGGAUUACGGAUCUUGCCUUGAUUGAACCGGGCAAGGAGUUGAUCAUAGAGAACCCUUACCUGUUCAAAGCAAUGCAGGAAAAGCUCACUGCCCCAACGUUGAUACCUCAGUCGGCAGCGCCGGCCACUCCGGCGAAGGCUCCGGAACCCGGUCCAUCGGUGUUCCAUCCCGCAAUUAGUCAAGAUUCACCUCCUCAGCGGAAAAUUAUGAAGCAGAUCGAAACGAAGACUGCAGAUGGAAAGCGACGAAUUACGCCCAUGUUUAUCCCGCUGAACGACGACGUUGGCGAACCGGCGGUGGGAUCUUCUGGGAAUGGCCAAUUCUCCAGCAGCACUGCCAGCAAAAGCAGCAUCAUUACGGUGGAAAAGGCCGACGAACCUGUGCCAAGUACAAGCAGAAGCAGCAGCAACGUCGUCGAUCAAGAUGACAUCGAUAAGCUCACGGAGGAUACGGUCAAGCUAGACAUCCGGUUGACGAAAUGCGCGAAUCAACCUCCGACGACCGCGGUCUUCCCCCCCGAUCCACCGGAAGAUCCCAAGCAGAAAGCUCCCAUCCAAACGAUGGACACGGGACCGCCUCCGGUCACAGGCAAAGCGACACCUCUGCCCAAAACGACCCUCCGCGUUCACGGCAAUUACCGCGUCCAGGUGCAGAACGAUUCCAUCAAGACCGGCUUCGGUGUCCUGUGCAAGGUGAUUGGCCAUCUCAUAACCCUGCCCAAGGAUGACAAAAAGAUCUGGGAAACGUUGAUCGGAUCGCCGGUUGUGUGCGUUUCGCUGUCGAAGAAAACGGUCCUCUGCUGCAGCUUGGACGGAUCGAUCCGGUUUCUGGACAUUCACACCGGAGCGCCGAUCCUGCCCGCGAUGAGCCUGACCAGCCCGGCCGUGCACUGCUGCUUCAGUCCCAACAGCAACCUCGGGGCGGUUUUGACGGAAAACUGCACGCUGCGCGUUUGGGACCUUCAAGAGCAGUGCGUGUUUCUGUCGGGGACCUGCAGGGACAUCGUGACGAAUAGCUACCCCUCGGUGAUGCACCUCUCCGACCAGGGCGUUCCGUUCAUCAUCCUGGCCAACGGGUCCUCCUUCACGUACAGCAAAAAGCUCGAAAGCUGGCUCAUCACCAACUCGGCCGAUCCGAUCAUGCGGCACGGCCUGUUCGGCAGCCGGAUCGGACUCACUCCGCGCAACAUCAAGGCCUACCCGCUGUCCACGAUCCAAUCGUUCGGACCAUCCGCCUCCAAGCUCAACCCGAUGGCGUUCCUGGAGAACUCCAACAAAGCCUGGCAAACGCCGGCCAUGCUCAGCUUCAUCCAGAACCAGAUCAAAAUCACCGAAAACAUCAACUCGCCGGACGAGUUCCGCUUCUGGCACACGAUGCUCGGCUUCCAGCUGGCCACGCACGGCACCGAGGAAAAGGUGCGCCAGAUUCUGGACGGCUUGUUCGGGACCGCGUACCGGAUCGACGGCGAAAUCAUGGGCUUCACCAAGGCCACCCUCAUCCGGGACAUCCUGGACCAGCUGAAGACGCAACCCAAGUGGCAGCGCAUCUACACCGAGUACGACGACCAGCUGAAGAUGCGCAGCGGGAUGAUGCCGCCGGAUGAUGUGCCGGAAGUGCCGUCGCCGCUGGUGCUGCCGGGUGAGGGGGAGGAAGAGGAGGAGGAGGCGGACGGCGACGCAAAGAUGGACACCGCCGUGCCGUAAGUGUUUGGAUUUCUCUUAUUAUUUGUACUGUUUUAAAAACUGGGAUGAACCCAGUUCAAUUGCGUUAUAAACGCUUCGAAGAACUA